AAAGAAAAAAAGUAAGAAGAAAAAGAGUCAAUCAUUGCUCAUUCCAGUGAAGAGAAGCUUCUCUCAAGUACUUAAACGAAAGCAAUCAACCCCACAAAUUUGAUAAAAGCAAGAGAUGAAGAUGAAAAGUUCUAAAAUAGGAGGGUCAAAGAGGAGUUGUCCAUGGUCUUGGAAGGGAAAUGGAGGGUUCUUUAGGGAAGAAAGAGGUAGGCUUUACAUAAUAAGAAGAUGUAUCAUUAUGCUUCUUUGUUGGCACGACUGAAAGUAUAUAUUAUGGAGAAAUUAAGAAUCCCUGCAUAUCCUACCACAUGGAAACUAAAGCUAGCAAGCUCAAGUAAACAUUUUAGGUUUUCCUUUAUCUUAUGUGUAUAUCAAAUAAUAUACAUAUAUAUACAACGAUAAACUUUUUUUCUUUUUUCGCUUUACCAUGCUUCUUCUUGGUAUAACAAGUUUCUCUCUAGAUCAUGAUGAAAAAAUUUGUUUUAUGCUUGGAAAGUUGAUAGAUCUUAAGUGUGUGUAUAUAAUGCUCUUUCUCUCAUUGCUUAGUUGAGAUGCCAUUAUUUUAUGGUGGCAAUAACAUCAAAUCUAAAACCACUUAAGAAGAUUAAAUAAAUGAGCAGUCUCAUUUUGUUUUUAAUUUUGCAAGGGCUUUGAAGUUUUAUGUUUUGAUGAGUGAAGGAAAGAAAUAUCUAAAACUAGCAAAUAAUAUCCCUAACUAAUUAAAAAGCCAAAAACAAUGACAUAGUUUUGUAUUUAAAGAAACAAAUCUAAGAUAUGUAUAUAUUGUCAUGAUUCAUUUUGUUUUUGAUGCUGAAAUCUUAAUGAUUUAAUAAAACAAAUACUAAUUACAAUAAUUAUA